AUGAUCGCUGGGGACGAUACUCUUAACGACUCGGAAGAUAUCACUUCUGUAAAGGACACGGAUGGCAUGACGUCAGUCGAUUUGCAUCUGGAAGACGAUUUGCCCCAGCCCAGUAUACCUGCUAAGCUUUCGUUUACGGAAAAUCCAGAUACAAAUGAGCCUUCAUCAUAUUCUUCAGAUUCGCAGAUUGAAAUUGUUAUUAAACAGUUCGAGAAGAAAGGAGAAGGGAUGGGCGCUUAUAUUGUUUAUAAAGUUGUGACAGCAACACAGAACAUGCAAGGUUAUAUAGAUCGGGAAUACGUUGUCUGGAGGCGAUUCAGUGAUUUUCUUGGUCUUCAUGAAAAAUUAGUGGACAAAUAUUUUUACAAGGGUUAUUUAGUGCCGGCAGCACCUGAGAAAAGUAUCGCCGCUCUUACACGAACAAAAAUGAAUACAUCCGUGGACGAUAAUACCAACAAUGAAUUCGCUGAACGUCGCGCUAGAGGUCUUCAGAGAUUCUGCAGGCGCAUAGCACGUCAUCCGAAAUUAGUUCUUGAUUGUGAUUUUCGCGAUUUUUUAACAAUGACUGCUUCAUUACCUAAAGCUAAUUCUACUGUGGCUCUAAGUGGUGCAGGAGUUAAGCGAAUAUUCAAAACUGUUAGUGACGUUUUUUCGAAAAUGGCUUUCCAUAUGGAUGAAAAUGAUCGUUGGUUUGAAGCUGCACAACAACAAAUGGAAGAUAUGGAACAGAACUUAAGCAAACUACUCCGAGCAGUCGAAUCAUUGAGUUCAUACCGACGUGAAUUAAUUUCUGGGACAGAUUCGUUCUCCAAAGCACUUUCAAUGCUUUCUUCAUGUGAGGAAAAUACAACUCUUGCACGAUGUUUGUCGCAUUUAACCGAAACAUAUGAAAAUAUUGAUCAGUUGCAUGGUGUGCAGUCAGAUAAAGAUUGUGCACUGCUCGCUGAAGGGAUCAGUGAACAGUUGCAGAUUAUCUACACGCUAAAAGAACUUUUUUUCGAGCGUGUUAAAAUUUGGCAGAAUUGGCAAGCUGCACAACAAAAUCUUACAAGAAAACGAGAAAUGAAAGCUCGUCAUGAACUUUCUGGCCGAACCGAUAGGACUAAUCAAAUUAUAGCGGAACUCAACAGCGCAGAGAAAGCAGUGGAUGAAGUGGAAAAAGAAUUUUCUGAAGUAAGCAAAGUCAUUCGUGGUGAGUAUGAAACAUUCUUAGUGGAGCGUAAAAAUGACAUGAACGAUACGUUUAAGCAAUAUCUUCAAGAACUGCUUGAAACGCAGAAACAAUUCCUCAAAUGCUGGGAAAUAUUUGCGCCAGAAACACAAUCUAUCGAAGCGACCUAA